GUGUGCUUUGAUUGUGGUGCCAAGAAUCCCAGCUGGGCAAGCAUCACCUAUGGAGUGUUCCUCUGCAUCGAUUGCUCAGGGUCGCACCGGUCCCUGGGUGUCCAUUUGAGUUUUAUUCGGUCCACGGAGCUGGAUUCCAACUGGUCGUGGUUCCAGCUGCGGUGCAUGCAGGUUGGAGGAAACGCUAGCGCAUCCUCCUUCUUCCAUCAGCAUGGCUGUACCACCACAGACACCAAUGCCAAGUACAACAGCCGCGCUGCCCAGCUCUACCGUGAGAGAGUCAAGGCGCUGGCCUCCCAGGCCACGCGGAAGCACGGCACGGACCUGUGGCUCCCCCGCCGUGUGGUCCCGCCUCCGUCCCCUUCACCGAAGGAGGAAGACUUCUUUGCCUCUCACGUUUCUCCCGAGGUGACUGGCUCAGCGUGGCCAUCAACACAGCCAGAACCGACUGCGAUGCCGAGGGCUGUGGAUCCUGCUCCGAAAAACCUCGAAGGCAGGCCAGGACAAGGACCCAGUGUGGAAGGUCUGGACGCGCCGGCGAAGGCUGCUCUGGAAGUUUCCUCUAUCAUCAAAAAGAAACCAAAUCAAGCUAAAAAAGGACUUGGGGCCAAAAAAGGAAGUUUGGGAGCCCAGAAACUGACGAAUACAUGCUUUAACGAAAUUGAAAAACAAGCUCAAGCUGUAGAUAGAAUGAAGGAACAGGAAGACCUCCUGGCCAGAGCCGCACCUAAGGAAGAGUCCAUCGUUUCAUCGUUACGGUUAGCCUAUAAAGAUCUUGAAAUUCAAAUGAAGAAGGAUGACAAGAUGAACAAGAGUGGCCAAAAAAAAAUCGAAUCAGAGAGGCUGGGCAUGGGAUUUGGAAACUGCAGAAGCGGUAUUUCACACUCAGUGGCCUCGGACAUGCAGACCAUAGAGCAAGAGUCCCCCGUCCUGGCGAAACCAAGGAAAAAAUACAAUGAGGACAGCGAGGACGCCUUUUUUACCUCCAGCUCCAGGUACUUCGAUGACCCAAUGGAGUUAAGGAGCAGCUCUUUUUCUACCUGGGAUGACAGUUCAGAUUCCUACUGGAAGAAGGAGACCAGCAGGGAUACGGAGAUCGUGCUGAAGAGCUCAGGCUAUUCAGACAGACCGACAGCACGCCGCAAGCCGGACUACGAGCCCGCUGAAAGUACGGAUGAGGCCCAGAAGAAGUUCGGCAACGUCAAGGCCAUCUCAUCAGACAUGUACUUCGGGAGGCAAGCCCAGGCUGAUUAUGAAACCAGGGCCCGGCUGGAGGGGCUGUCGGCAAGUUCCUCCAUCAGCUCAGCGGACCUGUUUGACGAGCAGAGGAAGCCGGCCGCAGGAAACUCCGGCUUUGCCAGCAUGCUGCCCAGCGCCCCCGACGUGGCGCAGUUCAAGCAGGGAGUGCGGUCCGUCGCCGGGAAGCUCUCCGUCUUUGCUAACGGGGUCAUGACGUCGAUUCAGGAUCGCUAUGGUUCUUAACGUGGACGUCGCGACGCACAUCUCCAGAAAGCCCUUGAAGUGAACCAGUGGCCAUGUCAUGGGCUGCGACCCAGACCGGACGGCUUUUGCAGAUUGUCAGGCUACUUUUUCAUGAUAUAUAUAUUCUCUGGUUUUUACUGUUUCCUUCGAGAAAUCCUCCUGUUCGACGUGGUAGAAGCUUUGUUGUGGCUCCUGUGCCGUGGCUGCCUGCCCCCGCCCGCCUUCGGCACAGCCUCCGCUUCAUCCUCCUGGCUCCGUUUGUCCUGCGGCUGGACCUGGGCUGGGCUCCUGCGGCCUCUGUUUGGACUGCCAGCCUCACCUGGGCAGGGGCCCAGGCUGCCAGGGCCCGCGGACCGAGACCGGCCAGGAGGGACAAAACCCACGGCACGCACGUUUCUUUAAAAGGAGCAAAGAGUAAAAGGAAAGACCAAGAGCGCUGGCGUCCACCUUGACGCCUCAUCCCCUUCCACGCAGCGAGGUGAUUUCAGACGUGGGCGUCUCUGUCCCUUUGUAGAUCGUUUGUUUACAUCAGCUCUAAGUUUAACAAUGUUUUCAGUGAGUGCUCUUAACAAACCUAAGCUUCCACAUUGCCCAGGGGGUUAAUUUUAUCUUUGACAAGGUGUUGCUGUUUGAAUUUAUGAGAAAUGUAAGAGAGCACCCUCCAAGCGCGUGUAGCAAUCGAUGGUGUAGAAUUGAAACUGAGUAAGGGGAAGAUACCGCCCGGAAGAUAGUUCAGCAUAUGGGAAAAUUUCAAUGUAAUUGGGGGUUUGUUGGUAUUUUUUCUAUCUAAAUCUUGGUUUUCAAAAUUUACAGAAUAUGUGGGUAAGAGAAUAAAGACAAAUCCUUUGGCUGUGUUUUAGACAGCAUUAGAAUAUAUUGAUCAGCACAGUAAAACAUAUUGGAAAUUUGAUGAGCCAUAUGUGGUUUCAAACAAAUAUUUUGUGAAUCUUUCUUAAAAACUCAGAUUUGUAGACUUGUAAACAUAAUAAACAGCCACAGUAGACACGUC